UCCAAGUCCUGUCUGGCUUCUUGAAGUGCAACCCUACUGUCACCGGGUUCCGGGUAGGCUUCAUUAGUCGUCACAGGGAGGCAGCGCCGUGACUCAUGCCUGCGUAAAGAGACCAAUGGGCAGCCUCAACCUCCAGAUAUAAAUAACGAAUUAAAGGUGUUCUUUAGAGACGAAGGGGUCAACGUGUGCACGUCUGGAUGGGAUUCUUCUAGUGCGCUCCGUCAAUCAAUGGACUGUUUCUUGUCGUGCAUCUUAUAGUGCGUGGAGUUAAUAACCUGUGCGCCCGCAAGCCGUUGAAUUCCUCCCCAGCUUGCACACCAGAUAAAGGAGAAGCGAUGGCGACGUCUGAACCUAGAAGCACAGAAGCCGACCAAGACCCCAACUCGGCUAAUUUAAGACCCCCAUCUGGAACCAACGAUUAUGCGUGGAUGCACGGAUGCACGCGGAAACUGGGGAUGAAGAUUUGCGGCUUCCUGCAGAAGAACAACAGCCUGGAAGAGAGAGGGAGGCUCGCGGGCCAGAAGAACCUGCUCUCGUGCGACAACAGUGACAGAGACGCGCGCUUCCGACGCACAGAAACCGAUUUCUCCAAUCUGUUCGCCCGAGACCUUCUGCCAGCCAAAAAUGGAGAGGAACCCACCAUGCAGUUUUUGCUGGAGGUCGUUGACAUCCUUACAAACUACAUCAAGAAAACUUUUGAUCGUUCCACCAAGGUGCUGGAUUUCCACCACCCUCACCAGCUUCUGGAGGGCAUGGAGGGUUUCAACCUGGAGCUGUCUGAUCAGCCUGAAUCCCUGGAGCAGAUCCUGGUGGACUGCAGGGACACGCUCAAAUAUGGCGUCCGCACUGGCCACCCACGGUUUUUCAACCAGUUAUCAUCUGGUUUGGACAUCAUUGGUCUUGCCGGAGAGUGGCUGACUUCCACUGCCAACACCAACAUGUUCACCUAUGAGAUUGCUCCGGUGUUUGUGUUGAUGGAGCAGCUGACUCUAAAGAAGAUGAGGGAGAUGAUCGGCUGGCCAGGCGGAGAAGGAGACGGACUAUUUUCACCAGGGGGCGCUAUCUCCAACAUGUACAGUGUGAUGAUUGCUCGCUACAAGUACUUCCCAGAGGUUAAGACUAAGGGCAUGUCAGCCGCUCCCCGUCUUGUCCUUUUUACAUCAGAACAUAGCCACUACUCUAUAAAAAAGGCCGGAGCUGCUCUUGGCUUUGGGACUGAAAACGUGAUCCUGCUGAGUACAGACGAAAGGGGCAGAGUCAUACCUGCGGACCUAGAGUCUAAAAUCCUUGAUGCUAAACAGAAGGGUUAUGUGCCAUUGUUUGUGAAUGCCACUGGUGGUUCCACUGUUUAUGGUGCAUUUGAUCCCAUCAAUGAAAUUGCUGACAUCUGUGAGAAGUACAACUUAUGGCUCCAUGUUGAUGGUGCCUGGGGCGGCGGACUACUGAUGUCUAGGAAGCACCGUCAUAAGCUAAAUGGAAUUGAGAGGGCCAACUCUGUCACAUGGAACCCCCACAAGAUGAUGGGUGUCCCCUUACAAUGCUCUGCAAUCCUAGUCAGAGAGAAGGGAAUCCUAGCCGGCUGUAAUUCCAUGUGCGCCGGUUACCUGUUCCAGCCGGACAAGCAGUACGACGUCACCUACGACACAGGAGACAAGGCUAUCCAGUGCGGGCGGCACGUCGACAUCUUUAAGUUCUGGCUCAUGUGGAAAGCCAAGGGCACUAUUGGCUUCGAGCAGCACAUUGACAAGUGUUUGGACCUGUCUCAGUACCUGUACAACAAGAUCAAGAACAGGGAAGGAUUUCAGAUGGUGUUUGAUGGAGUGCCUCAGCACACAAACGUUUGCUUCUGGUACAUUCCACCCAGCCUGAGAGGAAUGCCUGACGGUGAUGAGCGGCGAGAAAAGCUCCACAGGGUGGCUCCUAAGAUCAAAGCCAUGAUGAUGGAGUCGGGGACCACCAUGGUGGGUUACCAACCCCAGGGCAAUAAAAUCAACUUUUUCCGCAUGGUCGUGUCCAACGCUGCUGCCACCCAGUCUGACAUCGACUUCCUCAUCGACGAGAUUGAGAGGCUCGGUCAGGACCUGUAGGUCCUUCUGAUAAUCAGACAGCAAACUUGGUUUUUAAUGCCCAGAGUCUAAAGGGUAAAAUAACCAGUCAGGGGAAACAUUCACAGUGCUGCAGAAAGAGAAAUAAUAGAAUCUGGUUUUGGUUCUUUUUAUCCAGUAGUCGUUUGCUUGAGGCAUUCUUAAUGCUUUGGCGACAGAAGAAAAACUAUAGUAAUGAAUCAAAGGUUCCCUUAGUAGACAAAAUAAAUCAACUAAGUGCAGAAAAUGCACCUAAAUAUAUAUGAUUUGUGUGCGUGAUGUGGGGUCUUUGAUAUUUCUAUGUAAAAGUGUGAUAAGAGAUAUUUGUCUUUUCAAGCUGUGUGUGUUACUGAAUGAGUGAGUGUUUGUGAAGGUCGUAAAUAAUAGAAAUGGGACAAAAAAAAGCACAAAACAAAACACUGAAGUAUCAUGAAAGAGUUUUACUUAAUCGCACAUUUGCUGCUCAUAACUAACUCAGAUGCUUUAUGUUGUAUAUGUACAGUUUCUAUUUCGCUUUGGUGCAUCAGAAAUUUUGUCCUAAAUCAUUGCCUUGAACUCCUGUGCAGAUGUCUUUUUGUGCCAUAUAAAUAUAUACAUAUAUAUAAAGGCUAAAAUACUAAACUGAGCUCUGCUAAAAGGAUUUUGUAUCCUGUGUAUAUGGAGCUACAUUCUACAAUAUAGUCCCUCAUUAGUCCUACAUGAAGCCUUUUAAAGUUCUAAGAUAUCCCAAUCUUGUGGAAACCUUCGUUUAACGCUAGCUUGUUUGUUCCAUGCACUUACGCAAUACUCAUGAAU